GCCUUUUUUUGUCGAUGGGGGACGAUCCGGGAAGGCUUUAUCGUUUGGAUGGAGUUGCUCAUAUCGCCGGUGUGAUCAACGACGAGCCUCGUCGUUGCAUAUCCAGCGUUAGGCGGCAGCAGGGGAUGCGUCUUGAUGAGAGGUACGUUCCGUACCUGCAGAUGGCCGGAUUGUACCAUCUUGCGAGACUGAAUGACAGAUGGUUCCGACUAGACGAGCCCCUAGUCAGCGCAUUCGUCGAGAGGUGGCGGCCUGAGACGCACACCUUCCACAUGCCGUUCGGAGAGUGCACCAUCACUCUUCAGGACGUCGCAUACCAGCUGGGGUUGCCAGUGGACGGAAAUUACGUUAGUGGUUGCCUGAUAGACUUCCACCUUUACAUUGAGGGUGGGAGACCUGCUUGGCAGUGGUUCCAUGAGUUGCUCGGUGUUUUACCUCCCGAGAACCAGGUGCAGAAAUUCGCAGUCAACUGCACCUGGUUUCAGGAGACAUUUGCAGAGUGUCCAGACGGGGCUGAUGAGGAGACAGUUAGGCGCUUUGUCCGGGCCUAUAUCAUGAUGUUAUUGGGCACGCAGCUCUUUGCCGACAAGUCCGGCAAUCGUAUACACAUCAGAUGGCUACCUUAUGUUGCUCGGCUUGAGGAGAUGGGUCGCUACAGUUGGGGGUCGGCGGCACUUGCAUGGUUGUACAGGUGCAUGUGCCGAGUCGCCAACAAACAUGUGGUGAAGUUAGCUGGCCCUUUACAGUUACUACAGUCUUGGAUAUUCUGGAGGUUUCCCACUCUUAGACCAUCUGGGUAUGAUGAGAUUAGCUGGCCCUUUGCCUCGAGGUACCGUUAUUGUUUUGUAUUAUAUAUUCUUCUCGUAUUUAUUUUCGAUUAUGAAACCAAUUUUAAUGUUUCUCGUACGCAGAUGGUCUGGUUACAAUCCUGGGAUUAG